CUGAGGAGGGGAGGCAGGGGGAAGAGACCACUAAAAAAGUGAAAUGGGCUUAGGAGAAUCGGCCUGCCUGCAGGGUAGAUGCCCUUUCUCUCUGCUGGCCAGCUCUGCCCCUCGGUGAGAAACUUUCCAUAUUGCUAAGAUGCCUGGCCAAUGAAACAGUUCCAAGAGACUUAAUGUCCCCCAGUAGAAAUAUGAAUAGAAAUCACCCUGUGGGCAAUGGUCCCAUUUUAAAAUAUGCUGUCCCAUUGUCCCCUAGAGCCUACUUUAACUUGUCAGACCAUGUAUUGCACUUCAUACGCAAGAGGCAUGCACUGAGCCCAUAGGUGGCUAGGCAAACACCCAAUAGCUCCCUGAAAUGGCUUCAUUAUGCAGCCUCGACAGCCACCCCAACCCUCCCACUCUCACACUGAAACACCCAGACCUAGAGAUAGCCAGACACACCCAGACACCCACCAAGCCCUUCACAUACAGAUAUGUGCACACUGAUACACAGCAAACGUACACAGAGAUCAGUACACACAAAGAGCUCACGCCCACAUGCACACACCCCUCAGGUGGGACAGAGUUGACCACCACCACCUUUCUCCAAAACACAAGGCUUUUGAACUGCUUUUCCUUGGAUCAAGUUCAAGGGGAUGGAGGAGCAGUGAGAGUCAGCCGCCCUUCCACUCCAAUUUCCCAGCACCUCCCUUAUCUCUGCCUCACAAGUUACCCAGCCCCCUCUCUUCCUUCCUUGUGCUUGAAGAAUCUCUACUUGCUGGAAAGCCCCCUGUUUUCUCAAUCUCACUUUCCACUUCGGUAAAAUGCCCACUUUCUGGUCCCCACCUUUUUCCUGAGUGUAGUCCCAACCAGUCAAAUCCAACCUCAAAACAGGAAGCCCCGAGGCCAGUGCCCCCCAUAGGCCUGAGGCUUGGGCAGCCAGUGGGCGUGGGGUAGGGCUUCCUGAUGCCCCCGUCCCUGCCCGGAACCUGAUGGCCCUCAUUAGUCUUUGGCUCUUAUCUUGGAAGCACAGGCUUUGACAGCCAUCCCAGCCCUUCUGUCUGUGGGCCUGAACCAAACGGUGCCAUGGGGAACUGUCUGCAUCGGGCGGAGCUCUCCCCUUCAACUGAGAACUCAAGUCAGCUGGACUUCGAAGAUUUAUGGAAUUUUUCCUAUGGUGGGAAUGAUUCCUUCCCAGAUGUAGACUACGAUUCCAACCUGGAAGCAGCUGCCCCCUGCCACUCCUGUAACCUGCUGGAUGACUCUGCACUGCCCUUCUUCAUCCUCACCAGUGUCCUGGGCAUCCUAGCUAGCAGCACUUUCCUCUUCAUGCUUUUCAGACCUCUCUUCCGCUGGCAGCUCUGCCCUGGCUGGCCUGUCCUGGCACAGCUGGCUGUGGGCAGUGCCCUCUUCAGCAUUGUGGUGCCCAUCUUGGCCCCAGGGCUAGGUAGCACUCGCAGCUCUGCCCUGUGUAGCCUGGGCUACGGUGUCUGGUAUGGCUCAGCCUUUGCCCAGGCUUUGCUGCUAGGGUGCCAUGCCUCCCUGGGCCACAAACUUGGUGCAGGCCAGGUCCCAGGCCUCACCCUGGGGCUCACUGUGGGAAUUUGGGGAGUGGCUGCCCUACUGACACUGCCUGUCACCCUGGCCAGUGGUGCUUCUGGUGGACUCUGCACCCUGAUAUACAGCACGGAGCUGAAGGCUUUGCAGGCCGCACACACUGUAGCCUGUCUUGCCAUCUUUGUCUUGUUGCCAUUGGGUUUGUUUGGAGCCAAGGGGCUGAAGAUGGCAUUGGGUAUGGGGCCAGGCCCCUGGAUGAAUAUCUUGUGGGCCUGGUUUAUUUUCUGGUGGCCUCAUGGGGUGGUUCUAGGACUGGAUUUCCUGGUAAGGUCCAAGCUGUUGCUGUUGUCAACAUGUCUGGCCCAGCAGGCUCUGGACCUGCUGCUGAACCUGGCAGAAGCCCUGGCAAUUUUGCACUGUGUGGCUACGCCCCUGCUCCUCGCCCUGUUCUGCCACCAGGCCACCCGCACCCUCUUGCCCUCUCUGCCCCUCCCUGAAGGAUGGUCUUCUCAUCUGGACACCCUUGGAAGCAAAUCCUAGUUCUCUUCCCACCUGUCAACCUGAAUUAAAGUCUACACUGCCUUUGUGAA